AUCAAGCACGGAAAUAAAAUAACAGCUGUUCUACAAUAUUCGCUCAGGCAACUCAGGCAGCAGCUGUACCACGCAGCCGUUUUCCUUGGAAUCGCGUUGUUUGUACGUUGCAUUGCUUUCUCAUUGUUGAACAACUCGCCGUGUGGUCUAGACUGUUCUUUUAUCCACUUUUCAACGUUUAUUGCUGUCGCAACAGUUUCAGUAUUGGCGUUUGAAGUGUGUGAAUCAUAAAUCAGUACAAGCAGUCUACGUCGGCGUUAUGUUUACCAAAAUUCACAGUUCGUUGUUAUUGUGACUUCGGUUGAAAUGACUCGUGAAUACGUGGACCGCGAGAAGAGUUCCGCAGUGUUAUGUUAGAAUCUCUUUUAGAUAGUGACUAUUGGAAAUUUAGUUCUUGACAAUGUCGAACACGGUUCCGACGAGUUCCGCGCUGAGGGCUUUGGCCUUAGAAUACAAGAGUCUCCAAGAGGAGCCCGUGGAAGGGUUCCGAGUGAAGUUGUUGGGUGAGGACAAUCUGUUUGAAUGGGAAGUGGCAAUCUUUGGUCCGCCAGAUACGCUCUACCAGGGUGGAUAUUUCAAGGCACAUAUGAAAUUCCCUCCGGAUUAUCCGUAUUCACCACCUUCCAUUAGAUUUUUAACAAAAGUCUGGCAUCCAAAUGUCUAUGAGAAUGGCGAUCUGUGCAUAUCGAUCCUACAUCCUCCAGUGGACGACCCGCAGUCGGGCGAGCUGCCGUGCGAGCGCUGGAACCCGACGCAGUCGGUGCGCACGGUGCUGCUCUCGGUGAUAUCCCUGCUCAACGAGCCAAACACCUUCAGCCCGGCGAAUGUGGACGCCAGCGUCAUGUACCGCCGCUGGCGCGACUCCAAAGGCAAGGAUAAGGAGUACGAGAAUAUUAUCAGAAAACAAGCUCAAGUAGCGCGCAUGGACGCGGAAAAGGAAGGAAUAGUUGUCCCGCUGACGCUAGAAGAUUACUGCAUUAAAACGCAAGUCAAGUCGACGACUCAAGAGCCGCAGUUGGACAUGACCGACUUCUACGACGACGACUACGACGACCUCGACACGGACUCCGACGAGGAGCUGGAGGGCGGCGAGGGCGACGGCGACGAUAGCGGCAACGGCGAGUCGUGAGGCCGCGCCCCCCGCGCACCCCGCGCGCCCCGCGCCGCCCGCGCCCCCCGCGCACCGCCCGCCGCCGCCUACCACGCGAUCUCCUGCAAACGCGUCCGGACCACCAGGCGACUCUGACCGCGCGACACGUCAGCGAAUAUGUAUACAGCAUCCGCUAAGGGCUGCAUUUAUUAUACAUAUUUCACGUUCUCUGGACACGUUAGGUACUCCGUACGUAAAGCUCAUGGUAGAGUGGUGCACUUUAGGUAUUACACGCCGCCGAGUGAGGCAGGCACUGCAUAAAAACAAACAUCUGCAUGUUUCAUCCUCAUUGUAUAUUGGUGUAGUUUAAUGUGCUAGGCUCGUAAAUUAUCGUAUUAUUUUUUACGCUUGCCUCUCUACAAUACUUAUCUUGCAGCCUAGUUGUUUCCAACCUACGACUACGCUUACGCAUAAAAUAUAUUAAAAACAACUGGACGAAAUCACUCGCCAUCAAACUUUAAACCUCGAAGUAACAAUCUAAAACAUCAUUAACCGUCAAUCAUGACCAAUUUAAAACCCAUAUUACUUUCAAGCUGACGUACUUAAACGCAACGCUCUCGGGCGCUCAGAAUGUGUUUUUAACUAGCUGUCCUUUGCUAGUAUAUUAGCGAAAUUGUUUUCGAUAGACAACUCAAUUCUAUUACUAAAUGUGAAUUUUUAGCUAAAUAAUUAUGUACGAACACUUAUUGGCGUAAUACUAAAUUUGUAAAAAAAAAAUACAUGAAAUAUCAUUCAUAUUGCUUGAUCACAAUAUAUCGAGUGCUAAUCAUAAUACAUCACAUUAAUUUAUUCGAAUUUACGACUUUUGUGUUAUUAUUCGCUAAUAUGUACCUAUGUUAUGUGUGUCGGAAUGGUUAAAAUUCAUGCUCCAUUAUCAUAUAUCACUACGUCAUAAUGUAUUAUGCUGCUAAACCACUAUGUAUGUUAUGUACACUGAUAUAAGCAAGUGAGUAAGCUUACAUCAACUGCAUUAAAAUAGUUUGUAUGCUGUGUUCAAAUAUAGUUUCCAGAAUCUGCCUUUAUUUCAUUGUAGCGUGUACAUAGUAGGUUUUACAUCACUUUAUUUUAUGUUUUGUAAGUUUCAGAUAUUUCCUUUGUUUUAUCGUACACGGUGUGAGCUGUAUGGUACAUGUUUGUGUUGAAUGUUCAAUGGCAGUAGUUACGUUCUAUUCUCGACUUUGAAAGUCUAUGUCUUACACUACUAUAGUUAUUUUAGAAUAGUUAGUUUACUAAUCUAAACUAUUUCGGAAAUGUAUUAUGUGCAUUAACAAUGUAGAUGCUAGUUUAAUAUUACUGUGUCUAUAGUAGUAGUAUGUUAAUUGGCUAUACUGAGAGAGAAAUCAAUUUUAUAAUGGAAGAGUUGUGGUUGACUCCACAAAUGCAUUUGAUUAUUGACAAUUUUCACAAUGUCUGUACCGCUUGCCUGUACUGUAUAGAUAAUUAAAAUACGGCAAUAAGUAAUUUUUACAGCUUAUUUUUUUAAUAUGUACUUUAACAAUAGGCCACAAUACAGAAAGCGCUUAAUUGGCUAAAUAUUUUGCUAUGAAGAGUGCUUAUAUCUAUAAACAUACUGCACAAAUUAUCAAAAUAAUAAAAUCCAUCAAUACUUUGGUAUGGAUUUAAAAUUAAAACCAUAUACAUUUUAUGAAAAUAAUCAUUUUCGAAUACACGAGUUUGUGGUCGUAUUUUAUCAGCCCUAUGAUUGAAACACUGUUUUACUAGAUUUAACUCAUAAUUAUUGCUUUAAAACAUUUCGAAAUUAAUACAUUUUACUUUACUAAUACGGUAUUUUCAUUACAUAAGAUUAAAUAUAAUAAAAUUAUUCAUGGGUUAGUGUGAUUACAAUGUCAUCGCUUUGAAAUAGUGUAACCUUCCUUAAAAAUAUAAUUAGAGAAAAUUAGUCUCUUUCUUUCGACACAGAGAUCAAUUAAUGGGAAAACUACUUCAUAAACUAAACAAAACAACAAUAAAUUGAUUCAGGAUGCUCAAAUCACAAAUUGUAAUACAAUUAUACAGUAGAAUAUCAAAGUAUAUAGAAACAUUAUAAUAAUUAUUGUAGAAGCUUAUAUUAUGUGGUGAAAUAUAAAGAAGAUAUAAAAUGGAAAUUAUUCAUACUGUACAUUUGAAAUUGUCUAAGUAAAAUAAAUUUUAAUGGUUAGUGUGCACUAAGUUAAAGUUAUCUAUAGAUAAUUCUAAGAUUUAGAUUAUAAUCAGCUAUUUGGCUUCUAAAUUAUAAAGCUAUGUGACUUGUUAUCAACCACAACAAUGUACGGUAAUCUUCUCAAUAUUAAUACGUAAAAUAAACACCAAAUUGAUUACAAUUUACAACAAAAAAAUAUAUGCUAAAAUCGUCCAAAACUUAUUAGUUAGUUCUUAGAUUAAUUAUUAAGUUACCUAAUCGAUAAGCAGUUUGGAAGUCAUUGUAGUGAAAUUCACGGCGAAGAAUGUUAAUUAUUAAUUACAUAAUGAUAUUUAAUAAACAGAAUGUGUUUGGAUGCAGAUA